CAGUGAGCACACCCUGCCAGCGAGCCACUCAGUGUUAACAGGCACAAAAAUGUCAGGGAAGAGUUUUCGAGUCAGCGACGGGGACUGGAUUUGUCCUGAUAAAAAGUGUGGAAACGUGAACUUUGCUAGAAGAACUAGUUGUAACAGAUGUGGCAGGGAGAAAACCACAGAGGCAAAGAUGAUGAAAGCAGGAGGAACAGAGAUUGGGAAAACCUUGGCUGAGAAAAGUAGAGGCCUCUUCAGUGCAAAUGACUGGCAGUGCAAAACAUGCGGCAAUGUGAACUGGGCAAGGCGGUCGGAGUGCAACAUGUGUAACACACCUAAAUAUGCUAAGCUUGAAGAGAGAACAGGUUAUGGAGGAGGUUUCAAUGAAAGGGAAAAUGUAGAAUACAUUGAACGAGAGGAAUCUGAUGGUGAAUAUGAUGAGUUUGGUAGGAAAAAGAAAAAGUAUCGUGGGAAGACCAACAGCACAUCUUCCUCAAAAGAAAGUGAAAAGAAAGAAGUAGCAAAAGAAGAAGAUGAUGAGGAAGAGGAAGACGAUGAAGACGAUGAAGAUGGUGACCUCUCCAAGUACAAACUGGAUGAUGAUGAUGACGACGAUGAAGACGACGGAGACCUGUCAAAGUAUGACCUCAACGCCAGUGAUGAAGAUGACAAGCCAGCCAAGAAAAAGGGCAGCCGCUCGGGAUCAUCCCGUUCCCGCUCAUCCUCGCGCUCCUCCAGCUCCAGUUCACGGUCGAGGUCCAGGUCCCGCUCUAGAAGCUCAUCCAGUUCCAGAUCUGGAUCUCGCUCGAGGUCCCACUCCAGAUCCAGCUCCAGGUCUGGAAAGGGCUCCUCUCCCCGGAAGAGGUCCCGCUCACCUUCCUCCUCACCUGAGAGGAGACAGAAACGCAGUCGCUCCAGGUCCUCAUCUGGAGGGAGAAAACGGAGGCGCUCUAGAUCACGUUCGUCCGAAAGGCGCCGUGGGCAGUCCUCUGGAUCCUCCCAUUCUGGCUCCAGUUCAAAAAAGAAAUAACUUUAUUACAGCCUUUCAAACAAGACAAGGAACCUUAGUACAAGUGCAUGUUGUGUUGCAAGGAAAACAACCACAUCCAUUGAGUAUGCUGUUCAUUUUCACAGAACCUCCAAAAGUCUUAUCUCCCUUAAAAGAGCGGCAGUGUGACUUCUCUCUGCUGUUACCUGUCAUUACAUGCACCCUUUUAAAACCACACACCCCAAAUCUGUGACAAGUGUCUGUAACUGUAGGUGUCCAAUAAACAUAAAUGUUUGGUCCUAUAAGAAAAUCAGAUAUACUGUGAAGAGGCUGUAUCCAGUUUUAAACCCAUUCUGCUUCAUAUCGUCACAACAGUACAUUUUAUUCUACUCAACUGGGUAAAAUGAAGUAAGGAUUUGUGAAUCCUUUUUGGCCCUAGGAAACAUCUGAGAUUGUGUCUUAAAAAGUCUUUGUUUUUUUUUCUUUUUCUUUUAUAAAUACAGUCUUCAUUUUUAAAAUAAAAGGUGAAGUACUUAAGCAUCAAUUUAGAAUACCAGAGAUGUAGCAUUGAAUUUUGGCCUGUUUGUUUUUUUCUUUUUGUUUUUUGGUAAAUAUAUAUUUUGUUUUAUGUUUUCAAGGUAAGUAUUUUACUUUUUAAUAUUGCUUGUUUUAAGUAAAUUGCAGUAGGUUCAACAUUUUUUGGUGUAAUUUUUUUUCUUUACAAGAUUGUGGCCUAAUUUACCACUCGGUUAUUCCUCUUCAUUUUUCACUUGGAAAACUAAUUUCUUCAAUUAAUAGUCAGAUUUUUGUGCUCCAGAGUAGUGCAACAACAAAAACAAUAACAAACAUAUGUCCCGAUUUAUAGUAGAAUGUGGCAAUACAGUCUUUUUAAUGGUGAAACAACUAAAAUGUACACGUGUAAAUAAAAUCCU